AUGGAUUACCUCUUGGAUGAUAAAUCGUCAUCUAAAAUUGAAUAUAAACUUUAUUGGUCUGACGAUUCAAAACAAAUAUAUAAUUUACGAUUUGACAAAGCUUCACGUCUGUAUUCAAUAGACUCAAUAAUAAUUAGUUUCAGUUCGACUUUUAUACGUCAAUAUCAAUUAAAACAAGACGAAAAAAUUAUACCAUGGACACCAUCAACAACGAGUCAUUUAACACUAGAUAAAUUAUUAAAAAAUUUUUUUAAAGAAGAUGUUCUUGAUGGUGAUUAUGAUUGUUCUAAAUGUAAAAAAAAAACACAAGCAAAACAAAAAACUCAAUUAUGUCUACCACUACCACAAAUACUUAUUAUACAAUUAAAACGUUUUACAUAUGAUCAAUGUUCAAGUGAUAAAAUUGAUAUAUUAAUUGAAUAUCCAGUUUAUAAUUUAAACCUUAAUCAUUAUGCAAUAGUUUCAGAAGAAACAGAUGAGACGUACGAUUUAAUAGCUAUAUCAAAUCAUAGUGGUCUGUUAUCAUUUGGACAUUAUGUUACAUACGCAAAAAAUAAUCAAACACAAAAAUGGUAUUUAUUUAAUGAUGAUUCUAUUCAAGAAAUUGACGAACAUGAAUUAAUAACAAAAAAUGCUUAUAUUUUGAUUUAUAUGAAAAAACAAAAUAAAUCAUUAUUACCCUCAUCAUUGUCACCUAUAACAACAGAUGAACAAUCUAAAACUGUUGGUUAA